GGAUGCCGUUUGGGUCCGAUAAUGGGAUAAUGGGAUGGGCAUUCGCUUUCGGAAUGUACGGCAUGAAAGUAAUUUUUAAACAAGUGAUAGUCGUAAAAGCAGUGCCGACCGAAAAGAAGACGAGGUCGGCACAACCCCUAGUCAUGGUAGGUAACCAACUAAUGGGGUAAGUCAAUUUGUGCCUUGUUCAGCUUAGCUUGCGCCGUGGAACUCGCCUUCAUAAUUGGCCGCGUGCCAGAGACCAAAAGGGAAAACCUUGGAGGAAAUUCCGGAGCGGCUUCAGGGAAAAAAAGCUGGUGGACGAACAGAAGCGAUGUGAUUGCAACUAAUUUAAGUUGUAAUUAGGCGAACUAAUUAAUUUUGCCUCAAAAACUUAAAUCUCUUGUAAUUUUGAACAAUCCAAGACUGCAGUGAAACUAAUCCCAAGAAUUUUAACUAAAUUAAGUUGUAAUUGAGCGCACUAAUUAAUUAGAGUUUGCAAAGGAACCCCAUUACCGUCCGAAACGAGAGAACAAUACAAGGCCCGACGUAUUUUGCUUGGAAUUAAUUAAGCCAAUUAGAAACUUAUUCGGAAUUCCUUUGAGAUUGUACUCUUAAUUGAUCUAAUUAGCUCUUCAAUGGGACGCUGAAGAGAUUGACCUUGAUACUACUGUAGCCGAAGAGUUCGUUAUCUAGUAAACUGGUCGUCUCACGCAAGGCGCGUGCAAUUAAAAUUUGGACUCUUCGCCAUAACGCAUUCAGUCAUUGACAAAAACGCCGACGGUCCGCUCUCGCUAAUCGUUUGUCGUACGCGUCCCGGUUAAGAAGUGCAAUCAUGAAGCUCGGCGCCGGAUUCGGCGAAAAAUCGUCGGCGCACACCUUUCAGUACUUGGCGAUGGUUACAGCAACCCUAAGCAUUGUCUCAAGCGGGAUGCAUUACGGAUGGCCGUCGCCGUCUCUCCCCCAAUUGGAGCACGCCAACUCGACGAUACCGAUAACAAACGAGGAGGGUUCCUGGAUGGCCGUCAUGCCGCUGGCCGGCGCGACCGUCGGUUCAAUUUUCGGCGGCAUAAUACUCGACAUCAUCGGACGAAAGAACGGGGUUCUGCUGACGGUGCUGCCGUUUCUCGCCGCCUGGUUGAUGGUGGCGUACGCGAAGACCGUAACCGUUCUAAGCGUGGCGAGAUUCAUCGCGGGACUCGGCGACGGUCUGGCGUUCUGCGCGGUCCCGAUGUACUUGGGCGAGAUCGCCGACCCCAAGAUUCGCGGGUUUUUGGGCUCGAGCUGCUCGAUCACGUGGAUUCUGGGAAUGCUUCUCAUCAACAUAAUCGGCUCCUAUACGAGCAUAAGCAUUGCGGCGAUCGUAUCGUCGAUUGUUCCCGUCAUUCUCAUGUUCACCUUCGUUUGGAUGCCCGAAAGUCCGUACUAUUUGAUAAUGAAAGAUAAGCCGGAGGAAGCGAGGAGGAGUCUGAGAAUCUUCAAGAGGGUGCAUGAUGUCGAGGACGAGCUGAAGCGACUGUCGCUUGCGGUCAAGGAGCAAACUACCAACACGGGGAAGUUUCUGGAUCUGUUCACCGUGGAUAGUAAUCGGAGGGCGGUGCUGAUCAUGAUGGGGAUGCGAGCCGCUCAGCAAUGCUGUGGCACCAUGGCCAUCACCUUCUACGCGCAUACAAUCUUCGAAAACGCAGGCGAUGAUCUCUCCUCGUCCACCGCGAGCAUAAUCUACUUCGCAGUUCAGCUGGUGCUCUCGACUCUAUCCUCCAUGAUUGUCGAUCGCACCGGGCGAAGACCACUGCUGAUCAUAUCCAUCAUUGGAGUCGCGACCGCUUUGCUCAUCGAGGGCACCUACUUCUACCUCAAAUCCGAUCACCCGCACCUCGACGUUUCGCGAUACUCAUUCGUGCCGAUAACCGCGUUGAUCAUGUUCGUCGUACUCUUCGGCGUCGGUCUGCAGGCGAUACCGAUCUUACUUCUCGGCGAACUCUUCUCGACCAACAUCAAGGCGUUCGCGCUAUGUCUCGCCGACAUUUACUUCAACGUAAUCGCGACGAUCGUUUCGAAAUUCUUCCAGGCCAUGAAAGACCAUUACGGGAUGCACGUGCCGUUCUUCGCGUUCGCGGCGUGCUGCGCGCUGGGGCUGGUCUUCGUGAUAUUCUGCGUGCCCGAAACCAAGGGGAAGACUUUGGAAGAAAUCCAAGAGGAAUUUAGGACGAAACCGAAAGGGGAGGACGUACAGCCGAUGGACACUUUUAAGAAGAUUGCAAUCGAAACCUAGUACUUUAUGUACGUAAAAUGUACUUACAAUGGACAUAUUUCUAUUUCAAUUCCAGUUUUAGUACAUUAAAGGACGUACCAAGUUAAUUUAAGUUACAUAGGAAGCAUUGUAUGUACAAAAUCAAUUAAACCAUUUUUUUUAAAUAAACGAAAUGAUA